CUAAAGAAGUCAUCCUUUUGGUCUUGUUCUGGUUGCGGUGGGAGCCAGAAGCAUCGUGGACUUACUUGAAGGGUUGUCACGUGCCAAAUUUCCUAUCAUCAGAUGGCUCCAAUGAGACGGUUGUUUGGCGAAGUUGUUAGGAAUGGAUGUCUUAUCUUUAAUCCACCGACCGAAGGAUCAUAGUGGCAAAGAAAAGAACGUCUCCUUUGAUGGAGAACUUCGUAUUUUUGUGUAGUUACGUUUACAGUUUAUUGAGAAAGAUAUCAACUGCAGGCCCCACAGACCCCUUUGAGCUUCACUUGGCAUGACUUCAAAGGCUGAGCGGCCAUAUCUGACCAGAGUCUUAGGCCAUACGUUAUUCGCAAAACACCCCCUUCCCCCUGGGAAAAAAAAUUCAAAAAAAAAAAAAAAUCAGAGUAGGGCCAGACACAGAAGGAGUAUUCCAUUGUCUGUAUCAACCAACUCUUAUAAAAUGCACCCUAAAGACCAAGAGUGUGUCACCUUUUUCUCCUUUUAUCGUUUAUCUUCUUCCAUAUCUAGUGCUUUUACUGUACUUAUUGGAACAUUUAUUUCUGCUAUCAAUUUCUUUAUUUAUGAAUUUCUGCUGACAUUUUUCAGGUCUUUGCCAAUGGCUACUAAAUCUGUUGUAGACUUAAUAGAGUCGUCCUCCGGGGUUCAUUUUUCUGGAUUUCAUAUGGAUCCUUUAGAGAAAAUAAAUGCUGGAACAGAGCCUCCAACAACUUCUGUGGCUGACCACAUGUAUAAUCAACCGUUUGUCAUAGGUGUUGCUGGUGGAGCUGCAGCUGGGAAAACUGAAGUUUGUAAUAUGAUUAUUCAGCAACUUCAUGACCAACGAGUUGUAGUUGUUAAUCAGGAUUCUUUCUAUCAUAAUUUGACGGAGGAGGAACUCACUAGAGUACAAGAUUACAACUUUGAUCAUCCUGAUGCUUUUGAUACUGAGCAAUUGCUUGAAGUUAUGGACAAAUUGAAGCAUGGACAAGCUGUCGAUAUUCCAAAUUAUGACUUCAAGAGUUAUAAAAGGGAUGCUUUGCCCGCUAGACGGGUAAACCCUUCUGAUGUAAUCAUUUUGGAAGGAAUUCUUAUUUUCCAUGAUCCUCGUGUUCGGGAGUUGAUGAAUAUGAAGAUAUUUGUUGACACAGAUGCUGAUGUUCGACUGGCUAGGAGGAUCAAGCGUGAUACAGUUCAGAAGGGUCGGGAUAUUGGUGCUGUGCUUGAUCAGUAUUCUAAAUUUGUAAAGCCAGCUUUUGAUGACUUUAUUCUUCCAACAAAGAAGUAUGCCGAUAUCAUUAUUCCCCGUGGAGGAGACAAUCAUGUAGCAAUUGAUUUAAUUGUACAGCAUAUCCGCACAAAACUUGGUCAGCAUGAUCUAUGUAAAAUAUAUCCUAACCUUUAUGUUAUUCAGUCAACUUUUCAGAUACGGGGUAUGCAUACCCUGAUACGUGAUUCUGAAAUAAAAACACAUGAUUUUGUAUUUUAUUCUGACCGUUUGAUUCGUCUGGUUGUUGAACAUGGCCUGGGACAUUUACCAUUUACAGAAAAACAAGUAAUCACUCCGACUGGGUCUGUGUACACUGGUGUCGAUUUCUGUAAGAGGUUAUGUGGAGUCUCUGUAGUCAGGAGUGGGGAGAGUAUGGAGAAUGCCUUAAGAGCAUGCUGUAAAGGUAUCAAGAUUGGCAAAAUUCUUAUUCAUAGGGAAGGGGAAGGGGACAACAGUCAGCAGCUGAUAUAUGAAAAAUUGCCUAACGAUAUCUCUGAUAGGCACGUGUUACUGUUGGAUCCCAUCCUAGGCACAGGAAAUUCGGCUGUUCAAGCAAUUUCUUUACUUAUAAAAAAGGGUGUUCCAGAGUCCAACAUUAUAUUUCUAAACCUCAUAUCGGCGCCCAAAGGUGUGCAUGUGGUCUGCAAAGCCUUUCCCAGAAUAAAGAUUGUGACAUCUGAGAUCGAGUUGGGCCUGAAUAAAGACUUCCGUGUUGUACCGGGUAUGGGCGAGUUUGGGGACCGGUAUUUUGGCACAGAUGAUGAUCAGCAAGUGGUGGUCCCUUCACAGUAGUUAUUUUACAUAUAUAAGACGUUCGAAAAAGGUUGAAAUUUGCUGAAUUCAUGCUGUGCUGGAAACGGAAGCUCAAUUUUAUGCUCAUCUGGGCCUGCCGGCUUAGAGUCAUAGUGUUGUGAGUUGUGACCAAGUUGCAUUGUCUUUACAAACCGAGGUACAAUGGGAAUUAUUCAAUGCAGUUUUUAACCUUUGGAUUGUACCAGAAUUGCUCUUUAGAUGUUGGCUUCUUUUCCAGGCACUGGUUGGUAUGUCUAGAUGCAUUUAUGAACCCAGGGAUUUGAUCUCCAGAAAUGAAUGUAUAUAAAUAACUUGAAUUAAUUACUUAUGGUUUUGACUGCAUUUUGGUUCCCCA